AGUAUUCCGGCCCUAUCAAUGUGCUGAGACGUGAACAACGUCAGCCGGACCGAUUCCCUGCGUCUGCCAGUCCCGCCACAGAUUCAUUUGGGAUCCUCAAACAGACAAGCCCAUAGAGACGAGGGAUCAAGGCAGCCGAUUAGAGCCAAUUGCCUGCUUCGGGGACUGUCAGCCCUUCCAGGCCUGGCAACGGGGAGGGAGGGGAAAGACGAACCUAGCACCGCUGCGGGAAGACACUGAAGCAAGAGCGACACUCAUCCCCCCGCUUCUGCCCCGCCACCUUGCAGCACAGGUUUUGAAAGCUGCUCCCCCAUCUGAAUGGAAACUCAGAACCGCCGGGCGGCGCGUUCCUUCUGGCCCAGUCUUGCAAUCCAUGUCGAGGGGAAGGUGGUGCGAGCCCACACCAGCGCCCAGCUCCCGGGACAGGGCCAGCAAUGCUGCUGAGCAGAACUUGACCGAGCCCCUUCCUCACUGCUAGUUGAAGCGAUGCUGCACGGCACAGCUAGAGCUUCUCCGGCUCUCCUUCAAGCUGAAGGUUACCCACCCGUACAGCCAGCCCCAACCCUGUGAGUGCCGCGCCUUGGGUCCUCGCUCCGGCUGCUUGGCGGCGGCGCGCAGGGCAACGACCGGGCCGCCCGCGCCGGGGCGCACUGCACCAGCGGCUUCGGCUUGGUGGAUGUGUAUGCAUGAGUUCUGCACCGAAUGGGCGCAAAAAGCGCCCCAGCCGGUCCACCCGCUCCUCGAUCUUUCAGAUCAGCAAGUCCCAGCUGCAGAGCGGGGAGUGGGAACGCAGGGGCAGCGGCUCCGAGAGCGCCCACAAAACCCAAAGAGCCCUGGACGACUGCAAGAUGCUUGUCCAAGAGUUCAACACACAAGUGGCCCUGUACCGAGAGUUGGUCAUUUCUAUUGGGGACGUCUCGGUCAGCUGCCCCUCACUCCGGGCAGAAAUGCACAAGACAAGAACCAAAGGCUGUGAAAUGGCCCGUCAGGCACACCAAAAACUUGCUGCCAUCUCAGGCCCGGAAGAUGGUGAGAUCCACCCAGAAAUCUGUCGGCUUUAUAUCCAGCUACAGUGUUGCUUAGAAAUGUACACAACAGAGAUGCUAAAAUCCAUAUGUCUCCUGGGGUCUCUUCAGUUUCAUCGAAAAGGAAAGGAGCCUGGUGGGGGAACCAAGAGUUUGGAUUGCAAAAUUGAGGAGAGUGCUGAAACACCUGUUCUAGAGGACUCCUCGUCAUCCCCUGUAGAGAUUCAGCAACAUUCCUGGCAGGUUUCCACAGACAUUGAGAACACUGAAAGAGACAUGCGAGAAAUGAAAAACCUUUUAAGCAAACUCAGGGAAACUAUGCCUUUACCACUGAAAAAUCAAGAUGACAGCAGCCUUCUAAAUCUAACUUCCUACCCUCUGGUUAGAAGACGGAAGAGAAGGUUCUUUGGGCUAUGUUGUCUCGUCUCGAGCUAAACCCCUGGGAAGACCUGAAAAAGUCGCAGAAGCUGAGGACCUCCAGACAGCUGAACCACAAUUAUUGGUUUUUGACUAUGUUUUCUAGCUUCCUUAUUUUUUUUUUUAUCUGCCUCCCCUUCCCUUUUAAAUGAUUUUACAUUUGAAAGGAGCUGCUGUCAAAAGAAAAAAAAAGAUUAAAAAAGCAGGCUGUUUUUAAAAGGAUUUUUAAAGCUGACAUUGUGCAUGUCUGCUCUACACCAUACCAUGACAGAUGCAAGAAUUAUAAUUUUUAGAUUAAAGGUUUUUUUUAAUGUAUUAUAAAAAGAAAAAAUUACUUCAUAUAUAAUAAUAUAUCUAUAGCUCUUGCUGAUCUCAUGUUAACAAUUGAUCAUAUAUGGAAGAAGUCUUUAAACAUAGAAAUCUAUUUAAAACUGAAAAACUGUUAAAAAUCUGAUCUAUUAAUAUCAUUAGAAAUAAUAUUAUAAUCAAACAUACCACCUUGCCUAUUGCUUUCUCUGCUUUCAUUUACAUUUAGUCUUCCAUUCUGUCAGAAUCUAAGAGCUUCAACAGAAAAAUAUUUUAAUUUAUAAUGCAACAAAAACCAUAUAUGAAAAGUAUUGAAAUUUUGUAAAUACACAAUAAUCCUAAUACCUUCGUACAAUGCAUAUGGGCAACUAAUUUCCUUUUGAUCCAAUGGUGUCUUUUUCAGCUUUUUGGAGAAUGAAGUAAUCCAGUUAGGAAAUGAUGUAGUGAUAUAUACAAUUACCCUCAAAUGUAAAAUUGAAUAUUAUCACAUUUUGUUCUAAUUGAAAUCUGAAGCAUGAUGUCUGCACAUCAGCAUAGUGUUAACUCUUUUAGGGCAUGCUGGAAUUAGCUCAGAUCAUAAAAAUAUUUAACAUUUUACAUUGUUAAUAAAAUCUUUUUAGUUAAGCUAAGCUUGUCUCAUUUUAGAUGACUAUGCAGAUAUGACUUUUCCAGUGUGUACUUGGUGUCUUUUAUGCUCAGAAUCUUGAAAGCAGGACACAUGAAGCAAUACUAUAUUUUAGAAAGGAGGAAGCCACAUGCUUUGUUUUUCUGCUCACAGCUUUGUUGUGAUCUUCCUCCACUAAAUCUGUAACAUGGUCCAAAUUUUGGUAUAUUUUCCCCCUGCUCUUCCUUUGGCGCAUUUCCCAGACAGAAUUUCCCAUGGGCUGAGAGAUCAGGCCUUUGGACUUCUUUUCUUGUUUUCCAUAGUCUGGAAAAUCCUAAAGUCAGACAAGAGGUACCAGUGUCUAAUGCAAUAAAAGAAUGAGUUAGAUGCCUAGAAGUGGUUUAUCCAAGACGCAUCUUUAAUCCCAACCCUGUAAUUUCUCUGUACUUAGGUGCACAGGCUUUUAUAUGUCCACCAAUAUUUGACCUGAAAAUUAGAUAUAUUAAAGCCUUUAGCUUUAGUGUAGAUGAAAACAGGUACAGACAAAUUACUGGAAUAAUUAUUGUAUUAGGUUGAAUUUUAUGAAAUUGCUGAUAUUUGACUGUUUUGACCUAAAAAAUAGUAAUUUUAUAUACUUCAACCUAAUAUCUGAUGUUGUGGGAAUUAUCCUUGGAAUUGUCUUUUAGAUUUUUUGAUUGAAAGCGAAAGGAUUAAAGGGUUGGAAGAGAUCUCAAAAGCCUAUGCAGGUCUCUAUUUAGAUUACACUAGCUGGCUAUUGGCCUUAUUCUUAGAGUUUAGAGUUGUGUUCCAAUGAACUGGUAAUUGAUGCAUAAUUUUAGAUAUAUCUGGCUUCAUAUAAGGAAGUACUCUUGAAUAUUAUACGAGAAAAUCACAAUUUUCAAAAUCAGACUUGUAAAACAGUUGUGAGAAUAUGCUAUUUAAAGACUCCUCAGGUGAAUACUCCCAGGCAAAGCCGUAACCACUCCCUGAUUUACCUGGUAUUCAAACCCUGAUUUUCAUAAAUCAGGUUUGAUUAAAGCUUAAUAUCCUUUCCUGAAUGCAGCUCAUUUUCACCUUCUGAGGUUAAUUAACUUCAGGUCCUUUGUUUUAGAAAUUAUGAGGUAGCCCAGUUUGGCACGUUCCCAGCUUCUGUCUCUGCCCAAUCCCAUCUUUAUACUAUAUUAAACCUCUAGCUUCAUUCUAGUUCCUAUUAAUCCAUGCAGAGUUAUUAACUGAUAAUUCCAACCUUGGUGUCCAGCACGUUCUUCUAAAUGCCUGGCCUAAGUCACUUCUGCUUGGUUAAUUCGUGCUCACUCGAGCCUUAGUCUUGGCGUGAAAGUAACACUUACCUGCCAUGCAACUGUCCUUUGCACAACUGAAGACUGUUAAUAAAUUCAGGUCUCGCCUCCAUGUUUGGGAGGGCUAUAGUAGCAUUUCAUGGAGAUGGGGAUUUGUCUAAUUCCUUAGCUAGGCUUUCCAUAUCUAAGGGAAAUAAAUUCAGCUACUUUAUCUUUUAUUCAUAGUGCCUGUUUCCCAGCCUUUGAUCAGUUUUGUAGUUCCCGUAGACACACUCCAAGAUUUAUAGAUCUUUUUUUCACUAACAGUUCCUAAAAUUAAAUUUAGUGCUCAAAGUCCUGAUAACCUAUGCUGGCACAUAGUUGCAAUAGGUAAUUCACUAUCUCCCAUUAGAUAGGCCACCGCAUCUCUGUAGGAGCUGACCCUACCCUCCUCUCACCUACCAAAGGACUUUCUCAGGUGUUGUUCCAUGAGAUAGAGCUCUCCUGUCUCGGCUUCCCACUGGUACUUUGAUUUUAGAUGAGCAAUAACACUGAGCUGAUCUCUAGAGAUAAGGAGAGAACACUGAACCCACUUUGUUGCAUGUACUCACAUGCUUGAAAUAGGAAAGGACGUGAACUUUUUCUGGCACACAAAUCAUCCAUUUUACCACUCUAUUUUUAAUAACCCCAUGUUGAUUUUUUUUUUCCCUUCAGAUUACAGAGGCAAUACAUGUUCUUUGUGGGAAAUCUGAAAAAAUACCACCGAGUACAAAGAAAAUAAAACUCACCAGAAUCUCACCACAGUCACAUUGUUUAAAACCACAUUUCCAAGCUUUUAAAUCAGUCAUUGGUGGGGCCCAAAGGCACUUUUGGAUAAGGUUUAUAAAGAAGUGUCCACAAGGCCAAGGCAUCACUU